UACAAACCCCCGAUCCCUGCAGCAUCACCAUGGCGAGCCUGGCGCUGAACGAGAGCGGCAUGGAGGACUGCGGCAUCGACGACUCCUUCAAGUACAACCUGUACGGCGUGGUGUACAGCGUGGUCUUCGUGCUGGGCCUGAUCACCAACUGCGCCUCGCUCUUCGUCUUCUGCUUCCGCAUGAAGCUGCGCAACGAGACCACGCUCUUCAUGACCAACUUAGCCCUGUCGGACUUGGUGUUCGUCUUCACCCUGCCCUUCAAGAUCUUCUACAACGUCAACCGCCACUGGCCCUUCGGGGACGGGCUGUGCAAGGUGUCGGGCACGGCCUUCAUCACCAACAUCUACGGCAGCAUGCUGUUCCUCACCUGCAUCAGCGUGGACCGCUUCCUGGCCAUCGUCUACCCUUUCCGCUCACGGUCGGUGCGCACCCGACGGAACGCCGGCAUCGUCUGCGCGGCCGUCUGGCUGCUCAUCCUGGGCGGGGGGAUCUCCGUCACCUUCUUCUCCACCACCAACCGGGCCAACUCCAGCACCACCUGCUUCGAGGGCUUCUCAAAGAAGACCUGGAAGACCUACCUGUCCAAAAUCACCAUCUUCAUCGAGGUGGUGGGCUUCCUCAUCCCGCUGCUGCUCAACCUCACCUGCUCCUCCAUGGUGCUCCGGACGCUGCGCAAGCCCGCCACGCUCUGCCAGAUCGGCACCAACAAGGAGCGCGUGCUGCGCAUGAUCGUGGUGCACGUGGCCAUCUUCGUGGUCUGCUUCGUGCCCUACAACUCCAUCCUCUUCCUCUACGCCAUGGUGCGCUCGCAGGCCCUGGCCAGCUGCGAGCUGGAGCGCUUCGCCCGCACCCUCUACCCCAUCACGCUCUGCGUGGCCACGCUGAACUGCUGCUUCGACCCUGUGGUCUACUACUUCACCUCCGAGUCCUUCCAGAAGUCCCUGACCACAGGCAAGGCCCAGUCCAAACAGGAGAACACACUGAGGAGCGAAGUCCCGCUCUCCAGCAAGGAGGCCACUGACACAGAGGCAGCGGAGGCCAACAGGCAGGCCAGCAAUGGCAAGGAGGUGAUGUCCGAGACCCACUUCUGAACAGGGAACACAGGGGCGUAAGGUUCCGGUUAAAAGAAAGGAUGGCAGUCUGUUGGCAUCUCUCCUCAUUGCCUGAGACAAAUAAGCCAUUCCCUCCUGAAAUUAGGAGACAAAUCAAAGGGGAGAGGAGUGAAGUAUUGAUGUACAGUUUUCUGGAGGACUAGGCCAUGGAGGAAGGAGGCUGUUCAGUGUUAUUGGAAUACUACUAUAGUUUUACUACUGUGUUUUUGUAGCAUGACCUGGUAUAGUGUUUGGGCCUGUCUAUUUCUCCUGCUCCUGCAAAGUGUUAUUUUGCCCUUGAGAAAAUCAGAUUGUUAUAAACAUAACCAAAUCUUACU